AUGUCGUCCUUGACGGAGGACCUCGAAACGCCAAUCUUGUGCGAAUCAUGUCUCGGACCGAACCCAUACAUCCGGAUGACCAAGGACCCGCGCGGCAAGAGCUGCAAAGUUUGCACACGGCCCUUUACCGUCUUCCGCUGGAAUCCUGGAGCUGGCUCUCGAUUCAAAAAGACUGAAAUCUGCGCCACCUGUGCCAAAGUCAAGAACGUUUGUCAAACGUGCAUCCUUGAUUUGCAGUAUGGUUUGCCAGUGCAAGUACGAGAUGCUGCGUUGGGGAUCAAGUCCGAUGCUGGGCCGACGAGCUCGGAUAAAGCCAAAGCGUACUUUGCGGAUACGAUGGAAAAGCAGCUCGAAGCCACCGUGGGGUCGUCGAGUAGAGCAGGGCAGGAGUUGGUGCGGAAAGCGGCAAGGAGGGAGAUUGAUUAUAAGCGAGACCGACCGGUACAGUCGCAAAAGUUGUGUUCUGCAUUCGCAAGGGGCAGAUGUGAAAGAGGAGAUUCAUGCCCUUUCAAACACCAACUUCCCACAGACGACCAGUUACCCGGAUUGCAACCGUCUUCGAACAUCAACUAUCCCUAUUCUCCGACAUCAUCAUCUCCAUCAAAACAAGCAGUAGCGAAAAUCCUCACCAGCUCAACCUCAUCUGUCGGUCUUCCUCCGCCAUCAGACGCAAGCGUCCGAUCCCUCUUCAUCUCCAACUUACCUCCGGAGCAUCUCGAAGAACCGAGCAUACGCCAAUUCUUCCUCGACCUCGCACCGCCACUCCAAGCGCAGGAUAUCAAGUCUAUCACCCUGGUGCGUGCCUCCAACUGCGCUUUUGUCAACUUCGCCACCAGAGACCAUGCAGAGUUGGCCGCGCGCCGGUGCGAGCCCAAGAUGCGGCUGGGAGAUAAAGAGAUCAGAUUGAUGUGGGGGAGGAGCAGGCCUGUCAAGAGGAACGAAGAGAACGAGUGCAAGAAAGCGGAGGUAGAAUAG